AUGCCUAAAACAGUUUUGAUUACCGGCUGCAGCCAUGGAGGAUUUGGGGAGGCCAUGGUUAAAGUCUACCACGCCAGAGGGUUCCAGGUCCUCGCGACACUGCGCAACAUGGCCAAAGCCGGAUCUCUGGCCGAUUAUGACGGUGUUCAGAUCAUCGAACUUGAUGUGACAUCGGUCGAGUCGAUUCAUCAAUGUGCACAGACUGUUGCGAAACAUACGGGCGGGCGGCUUGAUGUCCUUGUCAACAACGCCGGUGUGAACGCCAUAGUGCCGCUUCUUGACGCCUCCCUCGACGAGGCGAAGAAGGUCUACGAUACAAAUGUGUGGAGUAUUGUUGCCAUGGUGCAGGCUUUUGCCCCUAUGCUUAUUCAGGCCAAGGGGGUCGUGUGCAAUAUCAGCUCUGUGUCUGGCGAAAUGGUUUUUGCAUGGGCAGGUAUAUAUAGCAGCUCUAGAAGUGCUGGUACGCGGAUUUCCGAGACAUUGCGCCUGGAGAUGGCACCUCUAGGCGUCCGUGUGGUUACUGUCAUCCUCGGCGGUGUCCAGACCAGUGGAAACGACCCGAACAAUAUCACAGACCUGGAGCUGCCCCCCGACUCGCCCUACCGGAAGAUCAUAGCGGUCAUCGAUCGACAUAAGAAGACGAUGGUGCAUCCAAACAAACAGAAUAUCGAGAUCGCAGCAAAGAACGUUGUGGAUGAUUCCAAGCACCUAUGGCCGUGCUUGCAAAAAUUGCUACAGGGCAAAGUGCCGAUGUGUCUCCGUCUAAAGAAAAAGUGCCAACCAUCAGAUUCAGUUCGCAGGCGUCAUGGUCCCACGGCUGAAGGGUCCGAUACGCGGAUCGCUCGACUAGAAGAAAAGAUGGAGAGUUUACUGGCUGCAAUGCAGACCUUCAUCAGUUCCACUAGCUCAUUUGGGGCCCUGGCCGAUACCACUCAGCCCAGAUCUACGUCAAAUGGUGCUUUCGUGAACAUUACGAAUUCUGAUUCCAGUACGAGACUGGCCCUGUCGAAUGCCACUGUAUCAACGCACCCAAAUCCAUCGCCUCACUCCUCUUCUUAUGCAACAUCUCCGACUGCUUCACUGCCGAAUCAAGAAGAUGGGCGGUUGGCAUAUUUCCGAAACCAAAUGCUGCCAUAUUUUCCAUUCAUCGACCUCACUCCGGAGAUGACGACACAGUAUCUGCGCCACAACAGGCCUUUCUUGUUACGAGCUAUUCACACCGUCACGACCUUCUCGACCCAGGAGCGAUUAGCUCAAGUGGAGGGGCUGAAGCACCUCCUAUUCACAUCUGCAUUGCUCAGGGUUGAGUCUAGCAUCGAUAUGCUUCUAGGAUUACUGACGUAUAUUGCUUGGAGUACCGAUAUUUUCCUCGGCAGAGCGGAUCUAGUUUCUCGCCUCAUGAUGCUCGCGAUAUCACUAGUAUAUGAUCUGCGGUUGUUCAAACCGUCCCCACCGGACGUUCAAGUCAUGAUGGCUAUUUCCCAGGGUCAAGCUGAGGAAACGAGGCACAGCCCCAAUGCUGAAACGCGGUGUAGCUUACUUGAAGGACGCCGGGCAUUAUUGGCAUGUUUUGUAUUGAGUUCCAAUCUUUCGUCUCACCUUGGCCGUCAGGAUGCCUUAAAUUGGACGCCCCAAAUGGAAGAGGCACUCCACAUUCUAACACUCAAUGAACCUUGCCCUGCGGACAAGGUAUUUGUCUCACAAGUGCGCCUGCAGCUAUUUAAGCAAAAGGCGCAGAACACUCGGCAAGCGGAGGAGGUAGGAUGCACUCGCACAGGUACAGAUCCUGCCAUGGCCUCACUUCCGCAUUUAUUGUACUUCAAGAUGCUACGCAGGCAGCUGCAAGAGCUCAGGUCUUCAUUCCAGACUGAUUGUUCCAAAAUAGGCUGUGGGCGGAAGCACGGUGGGAUAUAG